AUGGGAUGCCAGAGUUUAAAAGUCUUCCGCAAUCCUGCCAUCGUGUGGGAAAUCGGCGUCUGGGUUGUGGUCGGGACGAUAGCAACGACUGCCCGACUCUGUGUGCGAGUUCGGGUCAGAGGAUGCAAGCUACAAGGCGAUGACUACACGGCAACGCUCGCGUUACUAUGCUUCUGGGCAACCACUGCCACGUCGCUGUCUGCAUACUUCUUGGGCACCAAUCCCGCUUCCACCGAGGACGAACUCAGGCGCCUCAGUCACUGCCAGAGGCACCGGCUUCUUCUGAGCAACAUAUUGCAGUGGGUCGGAUGGUAUCCUUACGCCACUCUAUUAUGGUCUCUCAAGGCAACAGUCCUCUUCUUUCUCCACCGCCUGUCCUGGGGCCUCCAUCAACAUCGCCAGAUCAAGUUACUCGCUGCUCUAUGUGCAAUGUCCUAUCUGGGAAUCAUUGUGUCCAUUACGACCAUCUGUCGUCCCAUUCAAAGGAACUGGGCCAUCGCGCUGCGGCCUCCGCCGCAGUGCUAUAAGCACAAUGAGCUCAUUUAUGUGACCAUCAUCCUCAACAUCAUUACCGAUGCCGCAAUCCUGACCCUCCCGCUGCCCUUGUUAUGGCAGAUGAAAGUGUCGAUUAAACGCAAGAUUGCAUUGACUCUGCUCUUAUGCUCGGGAAUUUUUGUCAUUACAGCCGCGCUCAUCAAUAUCCUAACGGCGACGGUAGCGAGCUUGAAGAAUACCGCAAAGGUACACGGCAAUAUAUGGGCUACAAGGGAACAGGUCGCCGGCAUUCUGGCUAUCAAUGCGCCCAUCUUGAAGCCCAUUUUUCACCCUUCAUUCUGGCGUCGAGGAUUCCUUGAUCCUUCCCGAGCUCCAUCGCUUCCCCUACCAUAUACAAGCCCCAGGGGACCUAUGGUCAAAGCUGACGCGCGACAUGUUGUCAACCCGAUUCCAGAACAAAAGAUGAAGCUCGGGAUUCUCACAACAAUCGAGAGCUGGGCGACUCAUUCAUCCAUGACGAGUUCGAGCUACAGCGAAUCAGCGAGACACGGUCCACCAACUUUGCGAACAGACUCUUGUGUUGAGACGCACAGUCUCGAUCCGGAGGCCGGCUGGACUGCGUUAGACGAAGCUACAAAGGAGCUGGCGCGUACUACUCCCCGGCCACUUCUACCAGAGCCAGUAUACCAUGCGCCACAUAGGACUCGAAGUCACCAUGGUGGACUGCAGGCUGUAGAUGAAGAAGAGCAGGCGCUCGGCACGGCAAAAACGCGCUAA